UAGUUGGGCCCCUUUCAUUAAAAUAAUUAUUUUCCACCAGGUUCUGUCAUACUACAUUCAGAGAUAUUCACAUGGCAGCUAAACAGCCCCUCUGCCGAGCUGUACAGAAGAAGUCAUUUCUUCCAUUACCAGUGUUUCAUAAUACAGUUAGAUACAUGUUUAUUCAGACUCAGGACACUCCAAACCCAAACAGUGUGAAGUUUAUUCCAGGGAAACAAGUGCUGGAGUCAAGGACCAUGGAAUUCUCAACACCAGCUGCAGCAUUUUGCUCACCGUUAGCAAGACAGUUAUUCAGGAUUGAAGGAGUUAAAAGUGUCUUCUUUGGGCCUGACUUCAUCACAAUCACAAAGGAGAGUGAAGUCCUGGACUGGAACUUACUGAAACCAGAUAUUUAUGCAACUAUAAUGGAUUUUUUUGCCUCUGGCUUACCUGUAGUUACUGAAGAGGCACCUCGUACAGACACAGCUCCUUCGGAGGAAGAUGACGAAGUUGUAUUAAUGAUUAAGGAACUGCUGGAUACUAGGAUAAGGCCAACAGUGCAGGAGGAUGGCGGCGAUGUCAUAUACAAAGGAUUUGAAGAUGGGAUUGUGCAGCUAAAAUUGCAGGGGUCAUGCACGAGCUGUCCUAGUUCUAUCAUAACGCUGAAGAACGGAAUACAGAACAUGCUACAGUUCUAUAUUCCUGAAGUAGAAGGUGUGGAACAGGUGGUUGAUGAUGAUGAAGUGGAGAAAGGAGCAAACUCUACCUGAGUUGCAGCAUCUUCCUGUGGGACUGUGUAAACUAGCCACAUACCAAGGAACAACAACAUUUCUCAUUCUCUUCUUUAGAAAACAGUUGAACCUGGUCAUUGAAAAAGUCUUCCAUCAUAUAACAAAGAUACUAUGGCUGAUCCAGUUACAAGGUCACUUUCAAAAGAGAGUAUCUUUCUUCUUCUGCGAACUUUGUAACUGUCUAUAUGAUUUCUUAAGAAACAAAUGAAAGGCAUUUAAAAGGAUCAUUUGUCUAGCUACUUCUGUUUCCUACCAAAGUCUCAAGACUAGGGAUGAAAAUCAGUUUUGCUCUUUAGCGCACGCAUGUGUACGUGUGCACACACAAUUGCUCUAUCUGCCUUAUGGGUUUUAAAAUGAUCUGCAGUCUUACAAGUCAGAGUUAAAUAUUAUAUAUUAUGAAGAAAAUUACUUGUUUCAUUGUUCUUGAUCAUUGAAUUCUGACUGCAGUUGAACCUAAUAAUCAAAGGUUAAAUUACAGAAGACACAGUAUCGUUAAAACAUAACAAUAUAGGUAAGUUUAGUGAGUUACUCACUUCCUCCCCAACACUACUCAAACAGCAGCAAGGAAAGCAAAUAUGAUUAGUUAUGGAUCUGGACUAUCUGCUAAGAAAAUUAUAUCUUUAAAAAAUUUGAUUAGAAACUGCUACUUUGAACCCUUGAUAUCUGGAGACCCUAAUGCACUCCUUGAUAACUAAAAUUAUCCAGCAGAUAUUAGCACACUGUUUAAACUUGCAGGAAAUUCCUUCUUCAUAUGUUUGAGCAUCAAGAGGAUCACGUUGUGCUUAGGGCAAAAAAAUGACAUAGGUAGUUUAGCAAAGAGAAUAAGCGUGUUUACUUAUUCUGUAUCCUGUUUGUUCAUUCUACAGCUGAUUGUAUAAUUUGGCUGCUCUGGGUGAGGAAAACCAUGGCAAAACCAACCAUACCUCACCUGGUUUGAGAAACACUGAGAUUAUCAAAAAGGAAAAUAUUUAUUGUUCUGAAAUAGAACCCCAUGACUCAUGUGUUUGAACAGCAACACAGCCACCUAUUAUUUCUGUACAUAGUGGCGCAUAACCUGUUCCCAGUACCCAGCCUGAGUUGGUGGUUUUGGCUGUUUGGAAUACAGGCUCUUUUCUGUGUUCCCACAACUGAGCGGCUGCAUGCUCAGUACUUGGGCUUCUUGUAACAGUUUACAGUCUUUAUUCUCCCCACAAGCAGGAGUUCGUUGUCUGUUGAACCUUUCUUCCUUCUCAGAGAGCUGUAGCCUUACACGAAGCUUUCACUGAGCGGGGAAUGUGUACCCCUCGCCCAACUCUAAAAUUCUGUCUCUUUAUUGCUUAGUUUGCAGGAGAAUUAGAGGAGAUUUGUUGCAAGCAGAGCUUCCUCGGGAGGACAGGGUUUGAGGCAGACCUGAGGAAAGUGAUCUUGUAUGUUCAUUAUCCAGGAGCUGAGGUUUCUUUAGAAAAAAUGAACAUCUGAUUUACUAAUCCAGUUUUUUCAGAAACUAAGCAUGUUCCUAUGUAUUGUUGAAUGUCCAGGAGGGCAUUCUAAGUAUAUGAUGAUAUUGAGGACCAAAUCUCCACUGGUGUAACUGCAGAGUCCCUAAGACCCUGUGAAGUAAGCCAUCAGGAAUAUGGUCCAUAGUGCACAAAAGCAGUGUGUGGUACAAUGGACUUCAUAAUCUGUUCAGCUGCUGAUAAAUAAAUAUUUAACAGAACAGCUAUUUGACUUCCCCAGUGAUAGUACAGUGUUUUAUAACUCAGACAGGAUUUUGAGACUGGAAUUAUGGCAUCUUUUUCCCCCUCACCCAUUUAGUAAACAGCACCUGAUCUUGAUAAUGUAUUUAUAACAAAAGUGUCCUUAUGGCAGAUGCAUCUGCUUUGCCAGGGAUCAGCUUGUGUGCACAGUAAUACUUUCAGUCUCAAAAUGGCUGCUUGUGUUCCGGUUUGUGAAAAAUGGACUUGUUUUUUGGCUUAAUUUGCAAUUUUGUGUCCACCUCUAUAAACUUCGAAGUACUCUGAUGCAAAGCAGCAGCUGUGUUGCUGUGAGUUAAAUAAAAUGUGUGGCCUCUGUG